CAGGCAGUGGUUGCAACAUCGCCGCGGAGGCUGCGAGAGAAGCUGACAGCGCGGAGCUGGCGCUGCCGAGCGCAGGAAGCCGUGCCGGUUCCUUCAGCCGGCGUCUGCGAGGACAGUGGCUUCUGACCCGCUCGGGUUAGGGGAUUUGCACAGACGUGAAGCAAUGCUUGUGAUUCUGCGGCUCCUCAAAACAUUGAGAAGUAUGGAUGAGUCAUCCGGGCAAGGUGUCAUUCUCCUGUAAUUGGAAUAUUGCGAUGGACCGACUGUGUCCCAAGCCUGGAGCCGUGUGGGGAAGUGGAAACCUAUCCAUCCACAUCCCCUCAUAGGCAUCACCUUUGAGAGAAGAUGAACCUAACAGCUGAGGCGCAGGAUCUGCUCUCCUAAUUAGAACAUCAUUAGCAUCUUGAAAAAGCAUUUCCCGAAACCCCACCCGUAACACAUUACUCCAGUGGCCCACCCCCCCCUUUUUUUUUAAAGAUGAUUAUAUCUCCCUUCUAUCUGCACACCCUGUUUUGUCUCCCACCCCCCCCACCCCCCGUGGAAUCUUCCCAGAGUCUAAUCUUUCUCUUGGAUUCCAAAUCAUGUCCCCUUGGGCAGAGGUCUUGGCCUUCUGCUGCUAUUUCUUUAAAUUGAUCUCCAGCCGAAUUCCGAAUGUAAAGGUCAGCAGGCGAGGAAAUGGCACUUCUAAUAGAAAACAAUGUGCACUUUCUAAAUUUGAACCAAGCCGUUUCCGCUCUUUGAUUUAAGUGACUUCCUGGGGUUCCGUGUCAGGCCCUGCAGUUGAAUCUCUGGCAGGAUUCCAACUUAAAAUUGCACUCUCUCAGUGAAAUUAGAAACUGGUCCAGGGUUGGCUUAGCUAUUCUAGUAAAUAGCAUUUAGGCUGAAUGUUCAGCUCAGCACUUGGAAAUGGGCGAUGUGAGUGCCCCUGGAGAGGAUUUCCCAUCCAAGUUGUCAGAAGCUCACCUACCCAUGGGUUAUUAGCCGCUGGAGGUUGCUGCUCUUAGAAGUGCUGCUAAUAAGUUAAUAUCCCGGACGUGCAGGCAUCAGAUAGGGCCCUUCCUUCUCUUGUGACUGAAAUAAAGGCUUGUGUUUAUCCAGCUGAUAAACCUGACGGGAGCACACAGGGGCUGUCUCUCUCGUGGUCACCACAUCCUCAGCACAACGCUUGGCUCGUUGUGCUUAACAGUGUUCAGGAAAUCCACACUGUUGCGCUCUGGGAUGGUGAUAAAUUACGGAGCACUUGCUGUAUGCCAGGGCCCCUAGAAGCCUGUUUCUCAGUGCUGUCCAGGACCUCCAGCCCCAUGGAGCCCCCGAUCCCACAGACCGCCCCCUUGACUCCCAGCUCAGUCAUGGUCCAGCCCCUUCUCGACAGCCGCGUGCCCCACAGCCGGCUCCAGCACCCACUCACCAUCCUCCCCAUCGACCAGAUGAAGACCAGCCACGUGGAGAACGACUACAUCGACAACCCUGGCCUGGCGCCCCCCACCGGCCCCAAGCGGACCCGGGGUGGGGCCCCGGAGCCGGCCUCCACGCCUCCCCGCUGUGACCAGGACGUCACCCACCACUGGAUCUCCUUCAGUGGCCGCCCCAGCUCCGUGAGCAGCAGCAGCAGCACGUCCUCCGACCAGCGGCUCUUAGACCACAUGGCGCCACCCCCCGUGGCUGACCAGGCCUCCCCGAGGGCUGUGCGCAUCCAGCCCAAGGCCAUCCACUGCAAGCCGCUGGACCUCAAGGGGCCCGCAGCGCCUCCCGAGCUGGACAAGCACUUCCUGCUGUGCGAGGCCUGCGGGAAGUGCAAGUGCAAGGAGUGCGCGGCGCCCCGGACGUUGCCCUCGUGCUGGGUCUGCAACCAGGAGUGCCUGUGCUCCGCCCAGACCCUGGUCAACUACGGCACCUGCAUGUGCCUGGUGCAAGGGGUCUUCUACCACUGCACCAACGAGGAUGAGGAACACCAGGCUGGCUUUGAAGGGCUUCAGGCAGAGGACUGCGGCCCCCUGAACGGCUGUGAGAAUGACCGCUGGUGCCUGUGCGGGGGGGAUCCCAGGGGGACAUGGCCCACAUGGCCUGUGUGGGGAUGCAUCAAAGGAAAAGACUGGAGCAGGUGGAAUGAUCCUUCUCUGGAGAAAACCAUGGCUGUGCCGAGCCAUCUCUCCCUGCUGUUGGCCAUUAAGACUUAG